UCAAAAAUUACAUACCAAAUGUUAAAAUCUAAUCGGUUGGUUUGUUUUUCUAAUCUUAUCUAGCCCCCUUCAAUCGCCGGAAAUCUGAUACACACAGACACACCAUCGCUCACCCAUGGUGGCCAGGGUUUUGGAGCGACGACGAGGAUGAUUCAAGCACCCUCGGGUGAAAAUGCCGGCGGGUAUCGUACGCCACCUUCCCAUCGUAGAUCGAAUUGCACCUGCUAGCUAUGGCCGUUGCAAGACAUUUGGCGUUUGGAAAUGUUAGGAGGCUUGUGCAUUCUCUUCUCCCAAGCCAGAAGACCAGCUACUUUAGAAUAAAUAGUAAUGGGACACAAUUUACUGUUGGGCUUCCUUACACCCUAUGCAGAUUGUAUUCGCUAUAUAAACUUUCAAAUAAAGGAAUUUCAUGUACAUUAUGCAAAUCGAAGGAGAACUUGUGGAAGAGUAUUGGUUCUAAGAACUUCUAUGUCAUUUCACCAAGUAAUAUGAUUUCACGCCAUGCUGAGAUUGCCUGGAAAAGGCUGUCUCAUAUUUGCUCCUACAGCGGACCUAUUUUAUCGCCAAUAAAUAGGAUUGCUUGUGCAGUGAGCCUUGCUUUGAUUAGAUCACAACUGGUAGCUCCUGGUGUUUUUGCUUUCAUCAUCGGAGAGCUAGCUUGGACACAAAGAACAUGGGCAGAGGCAGCACACUUCUCAACAGGGAAUACUGUAUACAUGCAUGCACAAGAUGGGCAUGUUUACUUAACUUCAUUUGUGUUCACACUUUUAGAGGGCUUGAUAUUGUUUCUCAGAGCAAUAUAUUUAGCAAUUUUGUUCACACCCUGUAUAGCUAUGGCUCCUUUUGUGGAUUCCUUUGGUAUUGAGUUUAGAAAGACAUGGCUUCGUGUCAUACAUCUUACAUUAGAAAAAGCCGGCCCAGCAUUUAUUAAAUGGGGUCAAUGGGCAGCAACAAGGCCAGAUCUCUUCCCCAGAGAUAUGUGUGCUGAGCUUGCAGAACUUCACACCAAAGCACCAACUCAUAACUAUGCCUACACAAAAAGAACCAUUGAGAAAGCGUUCGGCCGCAAGUUGCCUGAAAUUUUUGAAAAAUUUGAAGAGGAACCUGUAGCAUCUGGAAGUGUCGCCCAAGUUCAUCGAGCUACUUUAAAAUUCCGACAUCCUGGGCAACAGAUUAGGCCCUUCCUUGUAGCUGUAAAGGUUAGACAUCCAGGUGUCGGCGAAGCAAUUAGAAGGGAUUUUAUAUUAAUCAAUUUGGUUGCAAAAGUUUCGAAGUUCAUCCCUGCGCUGAAAUGGUUGAGACUGGAUGAAAGCAUUCAACAGUUUGCUGUUUUCAUGAUGUCUCAAGUUGAUCUUGCCAGGGAAGCAGCUAAUUUGAGUCGUUUUAUUUACAAUUUCCGCAGCUGGAAGGAUGUGUCAUUCCCGAAACCGCUAUAUCCCCUGGUGCAUCCAGCUGUUCUAGUGGAAUCUUACGAGCACGGUGACAGUGUUUUGCACUAUGUUGACGAGCUUCAGGGACAUGAGCACAUUAAAAGUGCACUUGCUCACAUUGGGUCUCAUGCACUUUUAAAGAUGCUUCUGGUAGACAAUUUUGUCCAUGCGGAUAUGCAUCCUGGAAAUAUUCUCGUUAGAGUAUCUCAAACCAAGGAAUCACACAAACCGCUGCUUAAAUCAAGACCUCAUGUUGUUUUCCUUGAUGUAGGCAUGACUGCUGAACUUUCUAGGAAGGAUCGAGUCAAUUUACUGGAGUUCUUUAAGGCUGUGGCGCUUCGAGAUGGUCGCUCUGCGGCAGAAUGCACUCUUAAAUUAUCUGAAAAACAGAACUGCCCAGACCCCAAGGCUUUCAUUGAGGAAAUGGAGAAAUCUUUUAAUUUCUGGGAUUCUGUAGAUGGUGAUGGCAUUCAUGCUGCUGAGUGUAUGCAACAAUUGCUUGAGCAAGUUAGACGUCAUAAAGUUAAUAUUAAUGGCAAUGUUUGCACUGUGAUGGUAACCACUUUGAUCCUAGAGGGGUGGCAGCGAAAGCUUGAUCCAGAGUAUGAUGUGAUGCAGACACUGCAAACAAUGUUAUUCAAAGUUGACUGGGCGGAGUCUCUCUUCUACACAAUUGAAGGGCUCAUGGCCCCAUAGAAGGUGCCCAUUUGUUCCUUUUUAUUCUUGACCAAUUUUCGCAAGGUUAUUGUUAGAACAAAAUGAUACCAAAUGCAAUCUCGAGAAAUAAUGAUACAUAUAGCUGUCCUGAGAGAAAAAGUGUGUCAAAUUUAUUCUUUUUUCUCCUUUUUCACACACCUCUUAUAGUUUUUGUCUUUAAUUGUCUCUAGGAACCCAUCAAUAUGAAGUUGUUUGUUGGAAGAGUAAAAAGUGGCAUUCUUUUUCUUUGUGA